GCAGGGAGGGGCGAGGUUGACUGCGGCUGGGCUCCCAUGGGCUUUAAAGCCUUGCCCUGUAAUUAUAAUCUUAAUUACCUACGCUUAAUUAGGUGAAUCUUAUACCGUGCAUAAUGUUGCUCUGCAGCGUGAAAAUGUAGACAAUACAUUAUGCGUUUACACAAACUAUAUGUUAAUACGUAAUUAUAUAAAAUAUUGGUAUAUUCUAUGAAAAAUUCGUGAAGAACCAUCCCAGUAUGCCAGAGCUUUCCUCUGGGGGCAAAGAUCAAGGAAAUUUUCACUUUCUGCUUUUCAGGAUGGUUCCAAAGUCUUUGCCUUUAUAAGUACUCACUUGAAUAAUAAAUUUAUCUAAAUCCGUUUACAUUGGUGGGGUGGGAGAUUAUUAUUUUCUUUGAACAAAUCAGCAUUAAUAUUUUCAUGUCACAUUCUGUUAGAUAAGUUCAGCGGAAACAAAAUGAUUUAUUAAAACUUUUUUCCUGAGAUAAAUGUGUAUAUUUAGAUACAAAGAAAAAAGUAUAAAGGAAAACAAUCACAAAAAUCAAAGAAUAACUGAGAACACCCAUAAUCCUAUCACCUAAAGAUAAAUUGUGAUAAAAGUUUCAAUUAUUUUCUUCUAGAGUCAGAAAUACAAAUAUACACUGUGAAUCUGGAUGGCUGGAUAGAGGGAAAUGAUCAUGUUCAAAAAUGUAUGUAUAUACCCGUACACACACAUCUCCUUCUAUGGAGUGGGACAAGAAUGAUAUUUGGAAUCAAAAGUAAAUGAUUUUAAAUUCUUCUCAGUUGUGAGCUACGAAACCCUUAGACACUUCUAUUUCUUCAUUUAUAAAGUGGGCAUAACACUAUUCACCUUGUGAGACUGAUAAUUAAGUAAAAUCCAGAGUGGCUCUCAAAAUACAGUUUGUGAUCAACAUCACUUGGGAAGUUUUUUUUAACACAAAUUUUCACCCCUCACCGCCCCCACCACGCUCCCCACCGCCCCCCCCCCCGCCUUCAGCCUUCUGCAAAGCCUGGGGUGAUUCUCCACUGGUAAAGUUUGCGGGCCACUGAAAUGGAGUACAUAAAGCCUGAUGGGUACUCAGUAAAUGUAGCUGCUGUUACUACACUGUGAUAUUUAACCUCCUCUUGUCCUAGUUUUCAGUGAACCUUAAGGAAAGCUUGUCCUUUAUGGUCCUCCAAUUAGGUUCAGUUCAAUAGCAUUCACUGAGCUGAAAGUCAAUGCCAGGCAGUGAGCGUGGGAAUAGGGUUCACAGUCCCUAUCAAGAGAUACCAGCCUCCUUCUGCAUCACAUGUCUCAGCGUCAACUAUGAAACUACUUUUUCUUGCCCAGACAACUCCACAGAUGGUUUCACUGAGGAUUUAACCUCAGUGCUUAUCAAAAUGGGCUCCUGUAGCCUGAACCCCCAACAAUACUGGAUACCCUUUGAUUAGUGGUAGUGAGCAUUACAACCCUCUCAGAUAGUGAAAAGCAGCAGUCACCUUAAAGGCCACCUAGUCCAGUCUCACCCAUUUCACAGGGGAGGAAACUGAGGCCUAGGGAUAGAGUACAGCUAGCCGAUGAAGAAGUCUGCAAAGGUAUCUGGCCCUGCAUCUGCUUGCUUUGAGACUAACAGCCUGACUCACCAUGGUGGUAUUUUGAUAAAUGACACCAGGCACUCUCACUGGCUUAGAUUGAUUGACGGAUUAGAAAUAGCCAUCUGCCCUUGCCAGGAAUGAAAGCAACAGAGACAUGGAAGCAAAACCUUCAACAGAUUUAUUUUACUUCAAAUGGAACAUAUCAUAAACAAUUAGACUAUCUGCUAUGGUUUUUAAACAGACAGAUAGUCUGAAUGGUCCUAUCUAGACACACCAGUCCCAUUGUAAAAGCCCCAUCAAGCAGGGCUCGGCUUCCCACACCUGUAAUCCCGGCUACUUGGGAGGCUGAGGUGGGAGGACUGUUUGAGCCCAGGAGUUUAAAACCAGCCUGGGCAAAAUAGCGAGACCCUGUCUCUAAAAAUAAUAAUAAAUUAAAGCUCCAGAAAGACCUCUACAGUGAAUCUGACCCCUCCCUCCCCGGAAUGAACACUAACAAAGAGCUGCUACUAAUAGCAUUUCAAACAGUUACUGGAAAAAAGUAAUGACUCAUUACAUGUUCAUUUUUAUUUAAAAUAAUUUAACAAAGGUAGAAAUAUUUAGAGAAAAAAAAAUCUCCCAUACCCCAAAGAGAGAAACAGGGUUAACAUUUUGGGAGGGAGACAGAAGGGAAUCAUGCUAUAAACAGCUUUCUCUGUCUUUUCAGAAUUUCUUUAUUUAUGUUUAAACCUCUAAAGAGGUUUAAUUCUUUCUUGGGUAUCAAUUGCCUGUGAUCAAGGAGUAAUCAUAUUGUUACUAAUACACUCUUGACAGCUUUUGGUCAUGCAGUUCUGAGCAGUUGGAAGAUAAAGUUCUUAGUUAUAGCUUCUAAUACUCAUAAAUCUCACCAACAGUGUGGGGCCCCACUGGAGUUCCCACUCUCAUCUUGACUAAGAUGAUUUACUCAGCUUGCCCACAGUGCUGCCUCUUGACAUUCUGAAGCCCUGGGGAAUUCCUCCACACCCUCUGACUUCCUGUAACUGAGCACUGAGGCUCAGUGCAUCUCUAUUUAGCACUCCUCUUACUGUCUCAUAUUUAACUAGUGUUUCCACUGGAUUGCAGAAGUUUUGAAGGCAGAGCAGGAUUACAUUUUUCUCCUCUUUAAAAAAAAAAGAAAAGAAAAGAAAAAAAAAACCCACAGUGCUUUCACAGAGCCUCAAAAGAACUCGAAAUACUUGCUGGCAUUGUACUGAAUAUUCUCAACCUUUUCCCCCUACCCAGAUACAUCCACAACAAUAAAGUUGGAGCAAGGUAGAGAAAAGUCAGUAGAUGUUUAUAAUGAAAGCAUAGAAAACAAAUCAGAUUAAAGCACUAUUAAUAGCAGACAAGAAUCGUGGGCUAUCCUAUUGCUAAUAACAAUAAUAGUAACAUAUAACUGUGAACCUUUAUUAUACACUAAGCAUUUCCUAUACAUUCCUUCACUUAUCCUCGUCUAUGUGGCAGAUGUUCCAUUAUCCCCACUUUACACAUGAAGACACCGAGGCUGGGAGAGAUUAAGUAGUUUCUCCAAAGUCACCUGCGAGAGAGGAAGGAGCUGGGACUCUAAUUUUGCUUUCUCUGACUUCACACCAUCCCAUUUUUCCAGAAUCAAGAAAACGUGAGCACUCAGGAAUAUUUUCACAUUUUAAACUUUUUUCAAAAAGCAGCACAUAAGAUAUAUCUUAGCACUAAUUCCAUGCAAUCACCAAAUUUUCCUAAACACCAGUAGUAGUAGUAAUUUCUUAGAGUCGCUGUAAGCUCCUUAACUGUCUUCUGAAUUAAUAAGGAAAAUUAAAUUAUGUUUUCUAGACUUUGCAUUAGUAUAUUUCAUUACUUUCCAAGUUUUCAAAAAUUGGUGAUCUGAGUAGAGUGAAUUCACCUUGUCUAAGCCACUUAGGGGCUUAGAGACUCUGUUAUCUUAGAAAUCUUCACCUUAGAAUUCUACCUAUUACAUUAUACAAUUAAACAAACUACUUUUUUCUCAUGCAUUGUGCCAAUCAGCCCCUUAACUGAAAAAAGAUGACCCUUGGAAGCUUAGAAGAGAAUUGACAACGAAUACUUCUUUUGCCAGGUCUUUGGGCUGGGAUACAAAACAUCACGUUAUCUAUGAAUAUAUUGUGGUCCCUCAGUGAAAGCUGUCACCAAAUAUUGCAAUAAAACUAAGAAAACUUUUGAAGUGGAAUGCAUAUUUCUGCCCAGAAAAUGCUGGAUGCAGAACAACUAGUUCACUGCAGACAACUGUUUGCUUUAAAAUGUAAGCAACAUGCCCAGCUCAGGACUGAAGUGGCCAGAGUGCCUACUUUAUCAGAAUGGCAUAGCAGUCCAACAAUUUAGCCUAGAGAGAACAGAGGUGGAGAACAAAGAAGAGAAGUGAAAAAAACAGACCAGCCCUUCUGUUCUACAUGACCUUCUUUCCCGUUUUGCCAAUCUGAUUUCACACAUAGUGACUCAUGGUGAAACACAGAAAACAUGGGAAUUGCAUUCAGAUGUGUAGAGGUUAGUAAGACUUAGUUUUCAAAAGCAGCUCAUUCUCCAUUAACACUGUAGUCGCCUUCCAUUUCAUUUCACUUAGAUUGGCAUCUGCACAGCUGCCAAAAUUUUUCUCUAAGUCAGAGAACACACUCCUAGGUAAACCUUCAAAAAAGGUAUUUCGAAGGAGGCAGCUUCUCUGCUGCUAGAGAAGGCAUUGCCACCUCCCUUCAGACAGGGGAUUUCCGCUAGUUGCUUUCUGUCAUUUCGUCUCUAUUCUGCACUCAGUCCCUUGUUCUGUCUGGAGGUUCCUGUUUUCCUGUACCCAACCAAGAGCCAAUGAAGAAGUAAAGAGGAGCAAACACGCCCGCCCACUCCCAAUUUCCUUUGCUCUGCUGUCUGCCAACCGCAAAGCCGACCGAGACGGAGCCGCUGUCAACUCUUCAACUCAGCUCAGCUGAUCGGUUGCCGCCGCCGCCGCCGCCGCCGCCAGAUUCUGGAGGCGAAGAACGCAAAGCUGAGAACAUGGACGUUAAUAUCGCCCCACUCCGCGCCUGGGACGAUUUCUUCCCGGGUUCCGAUCGCUUUGCCCGGCCGGACUUCAGGGACAUUUCCAAAUGGAACAACCGCGUGGUGAGCAACCUGCUCUAUUACCAGACCAACUACCUGGUGGUGGCUGCCAUGAUGAUUUCCAUUGUGGGGUUUCUGAGUCCCUUCAACAUGAUCCUGGGAGGAAUCGUGGUGGUGCUGGUGUUCACAGGGUUUGUGUGGGCAGCCCACAAUAAAGACGUCCUUCGCCGGAUGAAGAAGCGCUACCCCACGACGUUCGUUAUGGUGGUCAUGUUGGCGAGCUAUUUCCUUAUAUCCAUGUUUGGAGGAGUCAUGGUCUUUGUGUUUGGCAUUACUUUUCCUUUGCUGUUGAUGUUUAUCCAUGCAUCGUUGAGACUUCGGAACCUCAAGAACAAACUGGAGAAUAAAAUGGAAGGAAUAGGUUUGAAGAGGACACCGAUGGGCAUUGUCCUGGAUGCCCUAGAACAGCAGGAAGAAGGCAUCAACAGACUCACUGACUAUAUCAGCAAAGUGAAGGAAUAAACAUAACUUACCUGAGAUAGGGUUGCAGCAGAAAUUGAGUUGCAGCUUGCCCUUGUCCAGACCUACUUUCUGCUUGCGUUUUUGAAAUAGGAGGUGCACGUACCACCCAAUUAUCUAUGGCAGCAUGCAUGUAUAGGCCGAACUAUUAUCAGCUCUGAUGUUUCAGAGAGAAGACCUCAGAAACCGAAAGAAAACCACCACUCUCCUAUUGUGUCUGAAAUUUCACGUGUGUUUAUGAAAUCUAAUGGGAAAUGGAUCACACGAUUUCUUUAAGGGAAUAAAAAAAAUAAAAGAAUUACGGCUUUUACAGCAACAAUACGAUUAUCUUAUAGGAAAAAAAAAAUCAUUGUAAAGUAUCAAGACAAUACGAGUAAAUGAAAAGGCUGUUAAAGUAGAUGACAUCAUGUGUUAGCCUGUUCCUAAUCCCCUAGAAUUGUAAUGUGUGAGAUAUAAAUUAGUUUUUAUUAUUCUCUUAAAAAUCAAAGAUGAUCUCUAUCACUUUGCCACCUGUUUGAUGUGCAGUGGAAACUGGUUAAGCCAGUUGUUCAUACUUCGUUUACAAAUAUAAAGAUAGCUGUUUAGGAUAUUUUGUUACAUUUUUGUAAAUUUUUGAAAUGCUAGUAAUGUGUUUUCACCAGCAGGUAUUUGUUGCAAACUUAAUGUCAUUUUCCUUAAGAUGGUUACAGCUAUGUAACCUGUAUUAUUCUGGACGGACUUAUUAAAAAACAAACAGACAAAAAAUAAAACAAAACUUGAGUUCUAUUUACCUUGCACAUUUUUUGUUGUUACAGUGAAAAAAAUGGUCCAAGAAAAUGUUUGCCAUUUUUGCAUUGUUUCGUUUUUAACUGGAACAUUUAGAAAGAAGGAAAUGAAUGUGCAUUUUAUUAAUUCCUUAGGGGCACAAGGAGGACAAUAAUAGCUGAUCUUUUGAAAUUUGAAAAACGUCUUUAGAUGACCAAGCGAAAAGACUUUAAAAAAUGGUAAUGAAAAUGGAAUGCAGCUACUGCAGCUAAUAAAAAAUUUCAGAUAGCAAUUGUUACAACCAUAUGCCUUUAUAGCUAGACAUUAGAAUUAUGAUAGCAUGAGUUUAUACAUUCUAUUAUUUUUCCUCCCUUUCUCAUGUUUUUAUAAAUAGGUGAUAAAAAAUGUUUUGCCUGCCAAUUGAAUGAUUUCGUAGCUGAAGUAGAAACAUUUAGGUUUCUGUAGCAUUAAAUUGUGAAGACAACUGGAGUGGUACUUACUGAAGAAACUCUCUGUAUGUCCUAGAAUAAGAAGCAAUGAUGUGCUGCUUCUGAUUUUUCUUGCAUUUUAAAUUCUCAGCCAACCUACAGCCAUGAUCUUUAGCACAGUGAUAUCACCGUGACUUCACAGACAUGGUCUAGAAUCUGUACCCUUACCCACAUAUGAAGAAUAAAAUUGAUUAAAGGUU